CCUUGUCGGUGUCGUGUUGUCUUGAAAAAACUCACAUCUCUCUGUUUUCUUCAUCACUUCCACAAUCCCAAUAUGCACCCAUCCUAUUCACAUUGAUUCUUCCACCUUUGAAGCUCUCUAAGGAGCGCUUCCUAUUUCCCUCACCUCUUCACCGAACCAUUUUCCACCUCCUCUCAGUGUAGUGCUAUUUAUUGCGUAUGUUGGCGAAAGCUUGUGAGAAAGGGGAUGGAUCUAAGUCCCUGGGUAAGAUACUGGCGAAAUGGAAAGAAUAUAAUGCCCAACUUGAUGCCAGCAACGACGCGGAUAAGCCCGUUCGAAAAGUUGCGGCGAAGGGAUCGAAGAAAGGGUGUAUGAAAGGCAAAGGAGGGCCUGAGAAUUCGCGGUGUAAUUAUAGAGGUGUUAGACAAAGGACUUGGGGGAAAUGGGUUGCUGAAAUCCGCGAGCCGAAUCGGGGGAGUAGGUUAUGGUUAGGUACUUUUACUACUGCCAUUGGUGCUGCUCUUGCUUAUGAUGAAGCGGCCCGGGCAAUGUAUGGUUCUUGUGCGCGGUUGAACUUUCCUAAUGUUUCAGUUCCGAGGUUCCCUGAGGAAUCUUCGAAUGACAUUCCGGUUGGGAACGAGUCGGGUUCCUCGAUGGUAGUAACUGAGAAUACUGAGUCGAUGAUAAUACCGAAUAACUCAGGGAUAGGAAUAGAUGUUGUUAGUAAUGAUAUGGAACAGGUUUCCUUACCCGUAAGUGUAAAACGGGAGAACGAGUAAGGUGAAACAGGUGAUGAAUUUGUAGUUUUGUUGUUCAUGAUGUAUAUUUUGAAACUGUGAUAUGGAUAUGUCAUGAAUAUCUACUAGCUCUUGUAGUACUUGCUAAUGAUCAACUUAGGAGUACUGAAUCUUGAUGUUUGGUCCUGUUGAUCUGCUGUUGUAAUUUUCAAAACUAAGAUGAACUUGGUUGGAAAGUGGGCUUAUGUGCCCUUUUGAUAAAUGCUGAAAUGUAAUUUGCAUUUCUUCUA